AUGGCUGGCACACGGAACUAUGAUUUCCUGAUCAAGUUGCUGUUGAUCGGUGACUCCGGCGUGGGCAAAUCAUGCUGUUUGCUGCGCUUCAGCGAAGACUCAUUUACCCCCUCCUUCAUCACAACCAUCGGCAUUGACUUCAAGAUCCGCACAAUCGAACUCGAUGGCAAGAGGGUGAAGCUGCAGAUCUGGGAUACCGCUGGCCAGGAACGCUUUCGAACAAUCACCACUGCCUACUACCGAGGCGCGAUGGGCAUUCUCUUGGUCUACGACGUAACUGACGAGAAAUCGUUCCAGAACAUUCGUACAUGGUUUUCAAACGUCGAGCAACACGCCAGCGAGGGUGUUCACAAGAUCCUUAUCGGGAACAAGUGUGACUGGGAGGAGAAGCGGGCCGUCUCUACUGAGCAGGGCCAGCAGUUGGCCGACGAACUGGGCAUUCCGUUCCUGGAGGUCUCUGCCAAGAACAACAUCAACAUCGAGAAGGCCUUCUACAGCCUGGCAUCCGAUAUCAAGAAGGGCAUGGACACCUCCAAGACCGAGCACACUGGGCCUUCGGGUGUACCCAUAGAUCAAGGAUCUGGGUUGAACGGUAGCUCCGGAGGAAAAUGCUGCUAG